GGAAUAAUAAACUGACUUCAGAAGAGAGAUUGCUGGGGAGAGGUCCCAGGGCACCUCACCCACAUAUUUUUGUUUUAUUUGAUAAGCUGGGUGGUAGAGAGACCAGGGUGUGUCAUGUAUUAUUCUCUCAAUUGCGUUAUAUGUCUGAAAUAUUCCAUAAUACAAAGCAAUUUGGAAAUUCCUCCACUGAAUCCUGACUUUUUUAAAGGAGUCAUUAGUAUUAGAACUACUUUGGGCUUUUUUCAUGGAAUGAAAUUAAAGAAAAUAUAAACAAAAAUCUUUAUUGUCUUACUGAAAUGAUUUAACUUACAGGUGAUUUUAACUUUAUAUUUUCCUGUAGAGUUUGGAUAUUUUAUAAUGAGCACAUAAUUAGGGAGGAAGAAAACUAGGUUGAUUCCUUUUGGAAAUAAACAUCCUUCAAAAGAAUUACUAAGACCUUGGGACGCCUGGGUGGCUCAGUUGGUUGAGCAUCAGACCUCGGCUCGGGUCAUGAUCUCAUGGUUCGUGGGUUCAAGCCCUACGUCGGGCUCUGUGCUGACAGUUCAGAGCCUGGAACCUGCUUUGGACCCUGUGUCUUCCUCUCUCUCUCUCAAAAAUAAACAUUAAAAAAAUUAUAAUAAAGAAAGGAUUACUGAGACCUGGAGUCCUUGCAGGUGAGGAAAUUUGACUCUGGAUAGGCCAUCAUCAUUUCUGUUCCUGAGGUAUUGAUUCAGAGAAAGGAGUGAUGCUGAGUUGUUUGUUUGUUUUUUGUUUUUUCAUUCAAUUCAAUUCACUAAAUAUGUACUAAGUGGAAAACUCCCAUCUUCCCUGAGGUUAUAAAAAUGAGCCUAAAAAUUCCCUAUUCUCAAAAGAGCUGGCAGUCUAGAAAGGAAGAAAAUAUACAAGCACCGUUGUUUGAAUACCAGAGUACAAAGUCUAAUAUGUUGAGGACGAUAAAAAGUCUAGAAGCAUCACAGUGAUGGAGGGUGGGGCUCAGCUCCAGGGACCAAGGCGGCAAGCCAGGUCAAGACACUUUUGUUUGAGAGGGUAGUAGCAUCUGAAUGAGACCCUGAAAAUGUGUAAAGCAGCUUUUAUCAGGAAGAGUUGGGGUGGUGAAUAAAUAAAAUAAUGAAAGCAAAUGAUGAGUGUGGAAACAUUCCAGGCACCAAAGAGUAAACUCAGGCAGCCAACUCUAGGUUUGGAUCGGAAUUACAAUAAACCUUGGUUUGCAAGUAUAAUUCGUUCCAGAAACAUGCUUGUAAUCCAAAGCACUUGUAUAUCAAGGCAAAUUUCCCCAUAAGAAAUGGAAACUCAGAUGAUUCAUUCCACAGUCCAAAAAUAUUCACAUAAAAAUGAUGACAAUACUGUAACAUAAUUUAAAAUAAUAAAGAAAAUACAACAUAUAUAGAAAAAGAAAUUAAUUAAUUCCACUUACCUUUGAAAACCUCCGUGGCUGGUGUGAGGGAGACAAGACGGAGGAGGGUGAUUGUGUAGGACAAGUUUCACUAUCGCUAACGGAAUCAUUGCUGUGGAUUGACUCAAUGGAAUCUUUUUCUUUUCUGUGCGACUUUAAUAAGGAAACUAUCCAAUGACACUUGCUUUUGCCUCCUUUUGAGGAUUUUGAGGAAAUGUGACAUUGCAUUGUCGUUAAACAAGUUCAUUGCUUGCACUGCUACGGCCUUAUUUGGGUGGCGCUUUUCUAUAAAAUUUGCACUGUUUCCCACAUUUUACACCUCUCCCUAAUCUCGUUUGAAGUGAGGGAUUCCUCUGCCUCCCCCCCCCCCCCCGCCCCUGCAGACGAGAUCUCCUCCGUAACCUCUUGGGGUUGCUUGCGAUGCAGAUCCGGCAGUGUGUCGGUGGUCAGCUCCAGGCCAUGUGUCUCCACCAGCUCCCAAAUGUCAUCCUCAUUCACCUCCAGUCCCAUGGUCUUCCCCAAGGACACAAUCUCAGCGACACCCGGUGGCUCCCAUUCAUGAGCAAGCCCCUCUACGUCAUGCCCAAGAGCACAAUCAGGCCACAGUUUUCUCCAAGCAGAAUUGAGGGUUCUCUUGGUGACCCCAUCCCAUGCUCUAUUGAUGAUCUUGAGGCAGUUCACGAUGUGGAAAUGACUUUUCCAAAACUCUCAGAGGGAAAGGUUUGUUCCUUCGGUCACCUCGAAGCAUCGCUGAAAUAAUGCUCUGGUGUAAAGCUUUUUAAAGUACAAAAUGACCAGCUGGUCCAUGGCCUAGAGGAUCGGAGUGGUGUUGGGAGGAAGGAACUUGACCUUAAUGAACUCGAGCUCCUCCAGUAAGUCAUCCUCAAAGCCUAGAGGAUGAGUAGGAGCAUAAUCCAUGACCAGCAAGGCUUUGAGUGGCAGAUUCUUUUCAAAAAGAUAUUUCUUCACUGCAGGACCCAAGACCUCGUUGAUCCACUAAUUGAACAAGAUACAAGUGACCCAAGCCUUGCUGUUGGACCCUCCACAUAACGUUUAACUGGCUCUUCUGCACAUUGCAUUUCUUUUCUUUUUUUUUUUUUAAUGUUUAUUUAUUUUGGGGAGACAGAGCAUGAGAGAGAGAGAGAGAGAGCACAAGCAGGGGAGGGGCAGAGAGCGAGGGAGACAGAAUCCUAAGCAGGCUCCAUGCUCUGAGCUGUCAGCAGAGCCCGAUGUGGGGCUUGAACUCAUGAACUGUGAGAUCAUGACCUGAGCCGAAGUCAGAUGCUAAACUGACUGAGCCACCCAUCCACCCCAUGCACCUUCAUUUCUUGAAGGCUCGUGGAUUCUCUGAAUGAUACACGACCAGGGGCUUGACUUUGAACUCCUGGCUUGCAUUAGCACGAGAGGGUGAGACAGUCUUUCAUGGGUUCGUGACUGGACAUUUCAUUCUCUUCUGUAAUGUAGGUCCUCUUUGGCAUCUUUCUCCCCCCAAAAAACGCCAUCUCAUCGCAGUUAAAAACUUGCUCCUUCAGGUAAUGCUUGGAAACCAUGAGCUUCUGGAACUCGGUGGUGAACACCUCAGCUGCCUUAGCAUCUGAACUCACAGCCUCACCAUGCCUCACAACAGCAUGGAUGCCACUUCUUCUCUUAGUUAUCAAACCAUCUUGCCUUGUAGCCUUUAUUUUCUGUUGACGUACCUGGCAGUUUACUUACAAGGUCAGUGUACAAGGCCUUUGCCUUCUCCCAGAUAAAGUUCUCGGUCACAGUGUCACCUGCUAGUUGCUUCUCAUUUAUAUAAACCAGAAGCAACUUUUCUACAUCUUCCAGAACACGUGGCCGUUGCUUUGAUAUUCUCGUGACUCCUUUGGCUGCGCCUAGCCCCCUUCUUUCUUCUUUCUUCUUUAAUAUUGUGCAAAUGGUCAAUCCAGACUUCUUAUAAAGUCUUGCAAUGCUGGCCACUUGCAUACCUCAUUCGUACUUGUCAAUGAUUUCCUUCUUAACUUCUCCUGUAAUCGUCUUCUUACCUCCUUUCUUUUCAACCCUUUACUGCAUGGGGGCCAUUAUAUACACUCACAUGGAUGUUGACUACAGUGCAGUAUUAAUAAACUCUUGUCAUACACUGUAUUUCGUGUAACCGGCAAUAGGGCGGCAGGGGAAAGGGUCUCUACCUGCAGGCAGCCUGACCUAGAAUGAAGCAAGCAUUCGUAAGCUCACUCUUGUCUGGAAAAGCAAAGGACUGUCCACAGGUGCUUUGAGGUGACAACAAAUACCUUAGUGCCAGUCGUGGGCACCUUCCAACGUUCUGAAAAAUCACUGAUUUCUGCCAAACACCACAGCCUGAGACCGAGCAUCCGAGCAUGGGAGGUGAUUACCCACAAUCCCGCAGUGAGAGAGAGAGAGACAGAGAACAACCACUGCCUCAGUUGUGAUCACGUGACAUUCGGCGUCACGUACUACGCGUAUCACAAGACGUCGCUCAUUUAUCAAGUUACAAUUUAUUAGAAAUGUUUGCUCGUCUUGUGGAACACUCGCAGAACAACUUACUUGCAAUCCAAGGUUUUACUGUAUUUGAUUUUGAAUAUUAUAGGGAGGAAGUUUGGUACCAAUUCUUUAAAGCCUCUCAUAUUUGACGUUUCAGAAGAGUUCACGCACCAUUACAUUAAAUAUGGUUUCAGAAAUAAAAUCACAACAGCUUGAUCUGAGCCUCUGCUUUUUCUUGCCUUAUAUGAACAUCAGCCUCACCUAUUUUACUAAUGAAUUCCUGUGUGAAAAGUACCAAGCAGGUGUUAAACUUCAUCACUUCCAAGUAGAGCACAUGCCAUUUCAGCUCAGAGAGGGAUUUCAUGGCUGUUUCUGGUCCUGCUCAGUUCUGUGUGGGGUGGGGGGGUGGGGGGGCACUGGCAUAAUUAACAUGAGGGCACUCUGGCUGCCGCGGGUUCAGUCACAAAGAUUCCAAGGAAACAAGCCUUCAAAGAGGCAGCUGGUAAUAAAUGACUAGUGAGCUACAGAGGAGGCCAGAUGAGAUGGUGAGAGCAGGCGCCCUUGACCAGGGACUGGCAUGAAGCCCCAGAAUCAAAGGAGGCUGAGGACUCAGAUCACAAAAGUGGAGGGAAGCCGCGGAGUGAAGCACACGGGACAGGAAGCUGGGCCUGCAGCAGGGGAGCCGUCAUUAACACGGGCCACCGUCCAGCGCCGUGAGCCUCAAAGCAGGAGCCGUGCAUCAGCCUCUCCUCUGACAACUGUCAGCCUCUGCUGCCACCUGCCCAGGCCUGUCACCGCGCCUCUCAGCAGGCCGGGGAAGGUUGAGAACCAGACUGUUCUUCCUUUUGUGUGGAUACACAGGAACGCUGAUAUACAUCAACACUCACACCCACAGAGGAACAGCUACACACACAUGGACUGGCACAGGGGGCAGAGAAUGAAAGAAGGCAUGUCGAAUAACAGCACCACUAGCAUCUCCCAAGCGCGGAAGGCCGUCGAGCAGCUUAAGAUGGAAGCCUGUAUGGACAGGGUGAAGAAUUUCCUAGGAGUCAUGACAGUGCUGCUGGUUUGUGAGUUCUUUUAAAAGAACAAAAUGUGUUCUUUAUGGUUCCAUUUUUUCCCCAAGAUAAAACACAUACGGCUGAGUUAUCCACAGCCAAAAGAGAAAAUUCUAAAGCGAAAGCCAGUCAUUGUUAAAACAGAAGAUGAGCGGGGCUCAAAUAUCACAGUGUUCCCUGUGGGAAAUGGAAAAAGAGCAAAAUCAGGGAGCCCAUCGUGUUCUGAUAGGUCACUGAUAGCUGAUUCACAGGGUCCAGAGAAAGUCCUGGGAAGGGAUAUGAUUAAGAUGAUAAAUGAUGUGAAGGUUGAAAGAAUGACAUUUCUAAAAGAAAAUAAAUAUAAAUGAUGCCCUAUGACCCAGCCAGAAGUCAAGGCAGUGCUUACCAAUUUUGCCUUUCCCGUGUGCCUCGUCUGAACCCUGGUGGUGCCCCUCCGUUGCCCCACUUUCUGCUAGUUUAACAAUUCAGCUGUGAGCCUUUCCUUUGCUGUCUCCUCCUCUCCCAGACACGUCCACGGAUCUCCCCCAGACUGCCUUACACGGUAACUUUCUACCAUCAGAUUUAGAAAUCAAUUCAAAGAGAGGGGGGUGUGAAUGAGCAACUCUAGAACAGCCAUCAGAACAAGGGAGGAAAAUCUUUGACUUAAAACAAAGAGAAGAACAUUAAAUAGUAGAACAAGAAGGCAAAAGGUGUCUUUUGAAAAAGACAAAAGACUCUUCCUGUUGGAGAGGAUUCAGGGUCGGGGCACUGUGGGUAUCAAAUCGCCCCAACAAUUUUGGAGAAACCUUCUCAUGUCUGCUUCUCAGUGCCCUCCCAGAAAGUAGCCAGAUGACCAAUGAAGUAAGAGCCCACUGUGCGUAUAACAGCAUCCAUUCUGUCACUGAGUCACAAGCCAGCAGGUAAUGCUAUCCCCAUUUACAGGAGUGAAAACUGAGUGCCAGGGUGUUUGUCUUGCCCAGAAUGACACAGCUCAUUAGUGCAGAGCGCAGCUCCGUCAGAGAGGUCGUUUCUUGACUCACAACCCAGUCCUUUUUCUAGAAGAGAUGCCACUGGCUUUCUAGAAUCCCUAGAGCCUAGAAUCUACUUGUUACAUUCGUCUUUCACCUCUGAGUAAGUCACAGAAACCUCUUCAGUGACUCACUGGUUCCCAUCACCAAAUAAAUUACUCUUGUGGUGAACUCACAAAAUGGUUGAUUUAUGGUUUCCUUUCUGGAAAAUCGGGAUAUGUCAAAACUGAGAGGUAGUCGGAGUCAUAUAGGACGUGUACCAACCUCUUUCAAGGGGCGCCCGGGUGGCUCAGUCAGUUAGGCGUCCAACUUUGGCUCAGGUCGUGAUCUCACGGCUCGGGAGUUCAAGCCCCGCAUCCGGCUCUGUGCUGACAGCUCAGAGCCUAGAGCCUGGAACCUUCUUCAGAUACUGUGUCUCCCUUUCUCUCUGCCCUUCCCCUGCUCAUGCUCUGUCUCUCUCUCUCCCUCUCAAAA